AUGCCUUGCAGAAAGGCAAGACUACGGCGGCGGCAGCAACGAAUCCAUGUAGAGAUGGAGUCGUCGACUGUGUCUGAGCCUGAGGUGGGGAUGCCGGCGGGGAACAAGGCGGAUGAUGAUGAGGACGAUGUUGACGAUGAGCCUGUCGAGUCUGAAGAACCAGCAACUCCGUCUGAAUCUGAUCAGGCCGCCGAGGAAGCGGCCGAGGAAGAGACGAUGGCGAUGAUGAUGGGACUGGGGGAGCUGGCCGACGAGGCAGCUGAGGAGGCGGCCAACAGCGGAGCCAAGAAGAACAGGAGAUGCAAUCGGUCGGCCCACGAUAUGAUGGUGGAAGCGAGAGAGAAGCAAGGGGAAAUACCCGAGGAAGCCAACACCGAUCCAUACGCCUACCAGGCGCGCGGUCACCGCCAAUCGUGGGACUGGAUCUUCGCCCGACACUACGGCCCCUUCGACCAGACCACAUCUAUCCCUGCGUCGUGCUUCACCGGCCUUCGUCGCCCUAACAACCGCUACGCCUGCACCCAGGAGAUGCUCCAGAUCUUCUGGAUCAAAGUCGGGAAGAUAAAGAAGCCCCUGCAGUGGCCAUUACAGGUUUUUGGUACGAUCGCCGUGCGGGAUGUGCUGGAUCACAAUCACAUCAUGGUCUUCGAUCGCGAAAGGGAUAACUGUCAAACCCUUACCAAGAAGGAUAGAUUUCUUACGCUGACAGGUCCUACCCGAGGAGUUGUGGUGGAUGUGUAUCCUACCUAUGUUGAGGUCGAUCUGAAGGCGAAGGGCGCCACAGAAUCGGAGGACAUGGAUUUAAGCUAUUUAGUAGUCAGGUCUAUGCCCUGCAGCCCGUCGUAUCGCGCCGUGCCUAGCAGGCUUAGCACAUUGGAGUUGACAUACAUUCGAAUAUACGACUGUGUGGAAGUCGCAAUCAGUGUAAAAGUCAGAAAACAUGGGUUCUGGCCCGGUUGCCGCGGUUUAUUCACUGCCAGCACAGCCAGUUACGAAGACUUGGAGAUCCCGUUGCUUGCGUUUGAAGGCGAUAGGUUGCCGGUUGAUGCUAGUGGAAGGCUUGAGCUUUCACGUCGUGUGGUCUGCGUAGAGCUUCAGCAGCCCGAAGGUAAGCUCUUGUUUUCGGCGAAGGCACUGCGUGGUAGUGAUGAGAAAGACGUGAGGAGAGUUCGUAAGACUUUCACUCCCAAGAAGGUUGGUAAAACCAAGGAGAAUAUCAAGAUUGGUUCCUGUGAGAUGGAGGUAACUGUCACAUGGUCCCUUCUUCCAAAUUGUAAGUAUGAUUAUGACAGUGCUUUGAGAAGGUAUUAUUAA